UUUGGUGUCUGCGGAAGGAAGAACUGUCAACUAGUUUGCUGCCAUGCAGAUAUUUUGGAGAGCUGCUAAGGAUGUCUAAAAGAACAAAAGAAUAGUAAAUCCCGAAGAAUUGGCGCAAAAUGAAAUCUAAUGUCAUACAACGUAUUAAGUGCUGGUUGUCAUACUGAGCCGCAGCUGUAGUCAUGGAUGCCAAAGCCAACGACAGCACCUUCCCUAGUUUUGGAGACUUAGAUGAUUUCCUCACCAAGCAUGACUCCAAUUUUGUGUGGCUACUUGUGGCCACCAUUCUGUCCUGUGGAUGGAUAAUCUACCUGACCUACUACAACUCCCGUAACAUUGGCCUCAUCUUAACCCUCAUCAUCAACAGACUCUACAAGAAUGGCUACAUUCACAUUGGCUCCUUCUCCUUCUCAGUGCUGUCGGGGAAGGUCAUGUUCAGAGAUGUGUACUUCAUCAACGAAGACAUGUCCAUCAGAAUACAAGAUGGUUUCCUUAUAUUCCGCUGGUGGAAAAUGUAUAACCCUAAGCAGAAACAGCACGACCCCAAGGCUGAGACCAGGCUCUACGUGACCGUGAAUGGAUUUGAGUUCCACGUUUACAACCGCACAGACCUCUACGCACGGCUACAGGAGACCUUCGGGUUGGACCCCACCCUCAUACCUCCCAAAAAAGACGAGGAGAGAGGAAGAGAGGAACGAGAAAAGAGCCUGGACAGUGUUAACAUCAAAGCAGAGACUCCUGACCCGUCGUCAUCUUGGAGAUCCCUCAUCCCCGUCAUCAAAGUCAACAUCAGCACAGGUCGCUUAGCAUUUGGGAACCACCACCUCCCACAGACGAUAUGUGUGAAUUUUGAGGAUGCCUUCCUGACCUACGCCACCAAACCCCCCUCCAGCCACCUGGACCAAUACAUGCACAUCGUCAAGGGCUCUCUGGAGAAUGUCCGCGUCAUGCUCGUACCCAGCCCACGCUACUUGGGCAUGCAGAACGACGAGCCGCCCAGACUGAUGGGAGAAGGAUUUGUGGUCAUGCAGUCUAAUGACGUGGACAUCUACUAUUACCAGGAUGAACCAGGCCUGGUCCCAGAGGAGCAGGAGAGUGGGGAUCCAGAGCUGUGUGGAGAGGGCACCAAACUGCAAGAUCUGCCUCCCUGCUGGGGUCUGGACAUAGUCUGUGGAAAAGGAACUGACUUCAACUAUGGACCCUGGGCAGACAGGCAGAGGGACUGCCUGUGGAAGUUCUUCCUCCCGGCAGACUACCAGUCCUUGGGUGUUACGGAGGUGGCUCAGCCUGGCAAACCCAGACAGAUCCUAGCCUUUGAGCUGCGCAUGAACAUCAUCGCAGAUGCCACAAUAGACCUGCUCUUCACCAAAAACAGGGAAACCAAUGCUGUCCACGUGAAUGUCGGAGCAGGCUCUUAUCUGGAAGUGAAUAUCCCCAUGACUGUGGGGGAGUCUGGCUACUCUCCCACAAUCAAAGGUCAGCUGCUCCAUGUUGACACCACCACCAGCAUGCAGUACAGGACCCUACUGGAGGCUGAGAUGCUGGCUUUCCAUGUGAUUGCCAGCUAUCCCUGUGUAUGGAACAUGCCCCAGUCCUGGAACUGUGAGAUAGAGGUGUACAAGGCCACCUAUCACUUCAUUUACGCCCAGAAGAACUUCUUCACAGACCUGAUUGGGGACUGGGCCAGCGACAGCGCCCCAGAUAUCUACUCAUUUGUCCCUUACGCCUGGAAGUUCAAGGUCCUCUUCCAUCAGUUUGAGAUGAUUUGGGCUGCCAACCAGCACAACUGGAUCGACUGCUCCACCAAGCAACAGGAGAAUGUGUACCUGGCUGCUUGUGGGGAGACUCUGAUCAUUGAUUUCACAUUGCCUUUUAAUGAGUAUGUCCCUACCACCUGUAAUACAAAGUUCUGUCUGAGGGCUGAAGAUACAGACCUGCGGCUGUCCCUGCCAGACUGCCACCCCAGCAGGUACCCGCUGCUCACCCUGGCCAAGGACUACCAGAACAGCAAGUUGUCCCCUGACAUGUGCAUGCCUGUGGAGAGCCAGAGUCAGAGCCAUAGCGGCCCACCCAAACUCAACAAGUCCCGCUGGAGGAACAUCACCCAUGCAGAGGCUGGCUGGGUGGACUGUUGGACUGUCCCAAACUUCCUGCUCAUCAUUGAUUACACCUGGCACCCUAUCUAUCCUCAGAAAUCAGAUGAACAACUCAAGCAGUCCUUGUCGGAGAUGGAGGAUGCCAUGCUGUCGUCCUUGCGCCCCCCUGAGCACUCGUCUGUACCCCAACCGCCUCGCCGCUCUGCCCCUAACAGUAGAGUGAUCACAGACCCCUCGGAGCUGACCCCUGACAGGCUCCACGUGGAGAUGGAGAUGUCCCCCGACUCCCAGAUCAUCCUCUACGGGCCCCUGCUCAAGGCCCUCGUCUCCAUCAAGGAGAACUACUUUGGUGAGGACGACAUGUACACAGACUUUGAGGAGGCGGUGUCCAGCCCUGUGCUGUCCUACCUGUCCACCUCCUCCAUCCUGGGCUGGUCUCCACUGGGCCUGGGCGAUGACGGGAGGGUUGCUGCCACCCUUCACCCCCUGGCCCUGCGUCCCUGGGACAUCACCGUCCUCAUCAACCUCUACAAGGUGCACGGACGCCUGCCCAUGCACUGUGGCAGUGACAGUCCUGAGGGCCCCUCUGGGUUCUUAGAGAGGCUCUGUUUUGAGAUGAAGAAGGGCUAUAAGGAGACCAUGCUCCAGCUUGUGCUCUCCCCGGCUCAUAUCUUCAUCAGUGACAACUACCAGCGGCCCACGUCUGAUGGUGUUCUGAGGGAUGGCCACCUGAGUCUGUCUGGCCUGCAGAUGCGUGCCCACGCCAUGUUCUCAGCCCAGGGGCUACCUCUAGGCACAGACACCCUGGAGUAUGCCUGGCUCAUAGACAUGCAGGCUGGUGCCCUCACGGGGAGAGUCACCGUGCCACAGCUGGCCAGUGUGAUGGAGUGGGGUGAGACGUACAUGUUCCACGUCUUCUCCCGGGAGUUCCAGCUGGAGCAGCCCAAGCCCUCUGUCAUCUGCCAGCACGGGGUGGACCGCCGUGUGUGUGACUCCAAGAAUUCCUGCCUGCCUGGACACUGUCGGACGUCUGAGGAGCUCAAGUACACCAUGACCCGUCUGGCUGUGGAUGGGGCUGACCUCUUCAUAGUGGAGCACAGCUGUGCAGCCAACAUCAAGACGGGUGCCAUCCGACUGGCCAACUGCAACCUGCACAACCAGGCGGUGGGAGAAGGGAUCAGUGCUGUGGUGCAGGAUGUCCAUAUCCACCAGUACAUCGAACAGCAGCAGCCCCAGUCAGACGGGGUCCGGCCAGGACCCUCUCCAGGUCAGGGCUUAGGGCUUGGCCAUCCCGCUGUACUGCGGAGAUCCUUCUGGUUGGAGGCUGGCUCGGUCAACUUCGCCCUGAUCACGGCUGAUGUGGCACUGGCUGCGGACCACCCGGCCAAGUACGAGGUGCAGAGGCAAUUCCUGGAGCUCCAUGAUGCUCACACCAAGAGGCUAUGGUUCCUGUGGCCAGAUGAGACUGGUCGCAACAAGCGCAGCAGGAACAAGUGUGGUUGCCUGGGGGGCUGUCGUUUCUACGGGGGCACCAACACUGGCCUGGACUUCUUCCAUCUGGAGGAGAUGACCCCAUCCUGCAGCUUGGCCUUCUCCUCCUCCAGUGUUGAGUCAGACAUGUGCUACGGCCAAUCACUGCUGCAGCCUGGAGAGUGGAUUGUCACCAAGGAGAUGGCCAAGCUGUCUAACGGUAAGGGUGUGGGGGUGAAGGGAGACACCUGUACCCCCAGUCCGGCCCCUGAGCUCGGAAUACGGGGCCAACACCUGAGCCUGCAGGUGCCUCUGCGCUCCCACAGUUCGGCCUCCUCUUCCGAGGAAAAUAGUUGCUCCAGCGCAGCACUGCCCCUACUGGCUGGGGAGAGGGACAGCCCGUCUCCUAGCACUGAGGAACGCAUGCUCCCCAUGAACGGCAAGAGCACUACAGAUACUCUUACAGAACUCCCUGAGGGCACCCCAGUGUCACCCAACAGUGCCCAGGAGCACUCCUCUCUCCGCUCACCCCUCAAGCGCCAGUCCUCCGUGCAAUCUGGCCGGCUGGGCAGCACUAAGAGCCUGUCGGCGGCAGUCUUCACCGACAAGCCCCCACCGCCACUUUCUGGCGUCCAGUUCAGCAGUGAGGUCUCCCGUAGCGACGAGAACGUCCUGGACUCUCCUCGCCAGCGCCGGAGCUACAGCUCCUUCCCGUUCACGCCGUCCGCAGACUCCAGCACCUUCCACCAGUAUCGCUCAGCAGACUCCAGCAUGUCGGUGGCAGACAGCGAGGCUUACUUUUCAGCAACAGAGGACUUUGAGCCCAUCAGCAGUGCAGACGAAGGUCCAGGCACCUACCCUGGUAGGAAGAAGAAGAGGAGGCAGCAGCAGAUGCAGAAUCAGCCCCAGCAGCAGCCCUACCAUAUGGACCACUACAGCCGAAGUUCCAUCUACCACAGUGUGGAGGGUCCUCUCACCUAUGUGUUGAAUGGGGAUCUCAUCACAGAGCCCAGGCCCCUGCCCAUGCCCCCCAUGCUGCCCCCGCUGCCAUCCCACCCCAUCCCCGGCCACCAGUCGCAGGCCUCCUUUGUAUCAGCCAUGGGGUUGGAGGAGGAGUGCUCGGUGGAGAAGACUCCCGAGCCAGGCCUGGUGACUCGACAGCCCCAUGUCAUGGCCUGCUACCAGAGCUACCUGGCCCACUACCAGGUGUCCAACUGGUCUCAGAAGCAGCCCACCAAUAAGAGGACCUCCAAGUCCUCACUGCAUCGCCCCCUGGACCUGGACACACCCACCAGUGAGGAGAGCUCUGCCUCCUUCGACCAGCUCUCUGUUCCCAGCUUUAAGGUGGUGAAACAAGGCCUCUCUGCCAGCUCUCUACUUGACAGAGGCCUUUCGUUGAUGGGAGACACAAACAACCAACCCUACACACCUCUGGAUAAGAAGGCUAUGGAGAACACAGAUGACACCACCACUGAGGACUGGACCAUGGAGCAGCCCCUCUCCCAGACCAGAACCACCGCCAUCGUGGAGGUGAAGGGGGCCAUCAAUGUGGUGCUUACCCCUCUGGUGGCUGAAGCUCUGGACAGAUACAUUGAGUCCAUGGUCCACUACGUCAGUGUCCGUCACCCUGCAGCCAUUCUGGAUGACCUGCAUGGGAAGGUCCUCAAUGAAGCCUAUCAGAUCAGCAAGUCCACAGUAACUGAAUCCAGCUCAGCCAAGCAGGAGAACAAGCUAUCAAAGACGGAGGGUACCACAGGCUCCCUCAACACUCCCCAUGCUCAAACGGACCUGACGGUCAAACCAGACAACGUGAAGAUCAAGGGCCUGCAAGCUAACGUGUCAAUUCCCAAGGUGAACCUGUGUCUGCUCCAGGCCUCGGUAGAAGAGUGUUCUCCCUCCAACUCCAGUAAGAGCCACAUCACACACGUCUCCCUGGUUGCUCUGUGCUUCGACAGGAUCGCCACACAGUUUCGCAUGAACAGGGGCAUAGUGGAGGAGACGCCCAACACAGCAGAGCAUGGCCGUCCCUCCGUCAACUUGGAAAAGUACGCAUCGGCCACCAAGAUGCAGCCACAGUCCUCAGGCUCAUUGCGCUCCAACGCUGGCAUCGAGAAGGGCAAGGAGAUCGCCGCCAAGCUUAACAUCCACCGCAUCCACAGCCAACUACGAGGCCUGGAUUCCACAGACAUAGGAACAUGUGCAAUCACGGCCAUACCCUUUGAGAAGUCCAAAGUACUGUUCAGCCUGGAGGAAAUGGAUGAGUUUUCCCUGGUGGAUGAGACAGAGAACCAGGUGGCUGCAGACCUGGCCCGGACCGGCGCAUCCUUGGAGAAGUGGGGCUGGAUCAUGUUUGAGUGCGGCAUCGAGAACCUUACUGUCAAAGGUGGGCGUCAGUCGGGUGCAGUGCUGUACAGUGCGUUUGGCAUCAUGGGACAGUCGGGUACGGGCGUGAAGACUGGCUUGUCCAAAUCUAACGGCUCAACGUGUUCUCAGACGGGCAGCGGCUACAGCACCGAUGUAUCUGAUGACAAUCUGCCUAACGACGCGACAAGACCCAACUCUGAUGCCAACAGAAACUCAGACUCUGACGAUCAGGAUGAAGGGGUGGAGUCUGACGACCUGAAGAAGGACCUCCUCCUCAUGCCACCGCCCCCUGACUCCAGUAGCAUGAAGCUCACCAUCAAGGAGAUUUGGUUCAGCUUCGCUGCCCCCACCAACGUACGCUCCUCACAGGCCAUCUCCAGGCAGCUGAAUCUCCUAAGCACAGCGACGCCAGCGAUUGGCGCCUGGUUGGUCCCCAUCGACCAGCUCAAGUCUUCUCUGCGUAAGCUUGACAUGGAGGGCACUUUGAGAGUAUGUGCUGUCAUGGGCUGCAUCAUGACUGAAGCCUUGGAGAAAAAGAGUAUCCACAUCCCCUUUCGGAGCAAGUACAACAGGGUGACCAAGCGAGCACGCUACCUCCACGAGAACCCCUCCUGUCUGCUGUGUAACAUCCUGCAUCGCUACCUACAGCAGGCUGACUAUACUGUGAUAGAGGAGGCCACCAUGAAUGAUGGGCUGCCUGCCCUGGUGACCCUGAAGAAGGGGCUGGUGGCUCUGGCCCGGCAGUGGAUGAAGUUUAUUGUGGUGACCCAGGGCUUCAAGGCCAUUGGCCUGAUGAGGCCCAACCAGCUGCCCAAACCCAAGGAGACCCCCCAGCAGCAGACCUUCCAGGACCAGAGCCAGGGCCUGGACAACGGAGCUGCGCUGCAGAGUGACACCAGUGCUGAUGGGGCUGAGUUUGAGUUUGACGCAGCCACAGUGAGUGAACACACCAUGCUGCUAGAGGGAGCAUGCAGCCGCCCCCUGCCCACAGGAGACAAAUCUGGACCAGUUAGCGGGGUGGAGAUCAUGAGGAAGCUCUCCAAGUCCCACACUCACAGUGAAUCUGCCCUCAAAAUAAAGGGCUCCCACCCAUACCAGUCCCUCAGCUACACCAGCGGGGACACAGCGGCUGACUCUCCUGCCCAUGUGAGUCGCGUGGGCAUGACUGCCAAGGACAGUCCCCGUAAGGAGAGUCUGCUGAGCUACCUGACAGGCAGCUUCCCCAGCCUGCACAACCUGCUGGAGGGCACACCCCAGAGGAAUGAAACCAUCACCAAAAGCACAGGUAACAGUGUGGGCCCAGAUGUGGUGACGGAACACCCCCUGCUGUCUGAGCCCUCCUCCGUCAGCUUCUACAACUGGAUGUCCAACGCUGUGGGCAACCGGGGCGGAGGGAAUGCUGUACCCCAGGAGUCCCCGGUCAACCGCUCCCAGCACAAUAUCCUGCAGACAGGCAUCACCUGUAACCUCCACACCAUCCCAUCAGCGUCAGACUUCAACACGGUGCUGUCCAGCGACCAGAACACUCUUGAUGGAACACAGUCUCAGCACUCUCAGCACAGCACCAGCCAAGAUGACAUAAUGAUGGCCGACAUUGAGGAGGGCAACCAGUGUCCCGCCGCCGUUCAGCUAGCAGACGCUCAGGUUGUGUUCAAGCCUCUACUGAGUCACACAGGGAUCCAGGCCCAGGACACCACUCCUCUCAGCUACAAGAUGUACUUCGGGGAGCACCUCUCCUUCUCUGGCACUUUGGAGUGUCUCAGAGCAGACAUUGUGGACUCUGACACAUCCAAAGAGCGGAAAAAUAAACGGUUGAAAAGACAGGGCAUGCCAAACCUCCCUCUGCUGGAGUUCAAGCCUGCCCUGCUGAUCGAGACGUUCAGCCUGAACGCUGUGGUGAUGGAGAAAUCUACCAGCACUGGCCCGCCAAACUCCACGGCUGCCGCUGCUCCCCUCGCCUUUCACGACCUGAAUCGUCGCCACUACAACACCUUCCACUGCGACUUCACCAUCGCCUGCCAGGCCAUCAGCCAGCGUGUGGACAUGGCCCUGGUGCGCCUCAUCCACCAGUUCAGCACCAUGGUGGACGACAUCAAGGCCACACAGACAGACAUCAAGCUGAGUCGCUACACCGCCGGCUCUGCCUCCCCCACACCCACCUUUAAGGUGCGGCCCUACCGCCACUUCCGCUCCUCUGACUUUAGCCGCAGCUCGCGGGGAAGCGUCAAUGGAGCCGGGCGGAGUGGGGCUGGCGGCGGCGGGAACACUGCUCAGAAGAGCAAGCGGGGGGGAGGUGGAGGGGGGGGUCAACUGCCCAACGGCCCCCAGUCAGGACUGGACACGCUGGGCAGGAGGGAGCCCCGGGGACGCAACACGCUUGGUCGCUCGGAGCGCCGUACCUCCAAGGUGUCGCGGAAGGGCUCUCGGGAUGUGGCGGACCACAUGACCAUCCAGAUGGACGACUCAGACUCCAUCACAGUGUCAGAGCAGAGCGAGCCCUCUGCAGAGUGCUGGCAGAACAUGUACAAGCUGCUCAACUUUUACUCCCUCAUCUCCGACCCCACCGGUAUCCUGGAGAAGAGCUCCCCUGAAAACUGCCUCUCGGACGGUGGCCGCAGCCCCUCGGAGCCCCUGUGCAGGGUGAUGUUUGAGAACGAGCAGCAGGACCCCACCAACAAGCCUCCGGCUGGGCUCGGAGCAGGGGGCCGACGGCGUAGCUUGGUGAGCUGUGAGCCACAGCACGUCACCCUCAUCGUGUUUGGCAUCGGUGUUGUGAACCGCACCCACCUGGAGGCAGACAUCGGGGGCCUGACCAUGGAGGCAGAGCUAAAGAAGAUCCAUGGCAGCUUCACCCUUAAGGAGAAGAUGAAGGACAUACUGCACCAGAAGAUGACAGAGACUUGUGCAUCAGCCCACAUAGGAGGAGUUAACAUUGUGCUCCUGGAGGGUAUAACCCCAGACAUUCAACUGGAGGAUUUCCCUACAUCUCCUACCAGCACUGCCAAACAAGAGUUUCUAACAGUUGUGAAAUGCAACAUAGCGAAGUCCCAGGCCCUGUACAGCGCCCAGCGGGGCCUGAAGAACAAUAACGCCGCUGUGUUCAAGGUGGGCGCCAUCAUGAUCAACAUCCCCCAGCACCCAGCCACGCUGCACAGCAUGAUGGUCCGCAGCUCCCACCAGCUCUCCAAACAGAUCUCUGACCUCAUCCGCCAGCCAUCCAACGUGCCACCUUCCAACAGGGAGGAUACUCCCACCCCUCAGCCCUCUGACAAGGCGUCCAGCAUCAACCAGACUCCUGUGGAGGCCAACGAGUUCCCCCAGCUGCCGGAGGGGCUGGAGAAGAAGCCCAUCGUCCUCAAGUUCAGUGCCAUGAUGGACGGCAUCACCAUAGGAGCGGCCCUGCUGCCCUCCCUCAAGGCUGAGUACAAGAUGGGCCGUAUGAAGAGCCACGGCAUGACAGGAGCCCAGACAAGGUUCACGUUUGAGCUGCCCAACCACAAGCUAUGUUUUCAGUCCAAGGUGUCUCCGGUGGACGCCAUGUCCGCCAUGCCCCCCUCUGCCAGCCUCAACCUCCCGCCAGUCACCAUGUCUGGAGAGUACAUCAUGGAGGACCACGAGGGCCACUCGGACUUCACCGACGACUUCCCUAUACCCAUGAAGCAGGGCAACUACCUCCAGGGGAAUUACCUGCGCUGUGUAGCUGAGAUUGGUUCUUUUGAGCACAACCUCACAACGGACCUCCUGAACCACCUGGUGUUCCUGCAGAAGGUUUUCAUGAAGGAAGUCAACGAGGUCAUCCAGAAAGUAUCAGGAGGAGAGCAGCCCAUCCCUCUAUGGAAUGAGCACGACAUCUCGACAGACGCUGACAAGCCCAAGAUUCUGCUUUACUCACUCAGUCUGAUGUUUAAGGGGAUCCAGAUGACGGCCACCACUCCGUCCAUGAGAGCGGUGCGCUUCGAGACAGGGCUAAUAGAGCUGGAGCUCUCCAACAGGAUCCAGUGUCAAGCCCAGGCUGGCGGCAGCAGCAGCUAUCUCAAAUUGUUUGGGAAGUGCCAAGUGGAUCUGAACCUCGCCCUGGGCCAGAUAGUCAAACACCAGGUUUAUGAGGAGGCAGGUUCAGACUUUCACCAGGUGGCCUACUUCCGCACUCGUAUUGGCUUACGGAACGCCCUUCAGGAGGAGAUUAGUGGCUCCUCAGACAAAGAGGCGGUCCUCAUCACACUCAACCGGCCAAUCGUCUUUGCUCAGCCUGUGGCUUUUGACAGAGCUGUACUCUUCUGGUUGAACUACAAGGCGGCCUAUGACAACUGGAAUGAGCAGCGUCUGGCACUGAACAAAGACAUUCACAUGGCCACCAAGGAGGUGGUGGACAAGCUGCCGGGCAUCCAGCAGACCUCUGCCCAGGCCUUCAGCACCCUGUUCCUGCAGCUCACCGUCAACGACCUGGGAAUCUGUCUGCCCAUCACCAACACCUCACUGGCAAACCACAGCAUUGACUUUGACACAGGCUCGGCCCUGGUGCUAACCAUCGAGAGCACGCUGAUCACCGCUUGCUCCUCUGAGUCGCUGGUCAGCAAGGGCCACUUCAAGAACUUCUGCAUCCGCUUCGCCGAGGGCUUUGAGACGUCCUGGGACGACUGGAAGCCUGAGAUCCGAGGAGACAUGAUCAUGAACGCCUGUGUUGUUCCUGAUGGCACAUAUGAAGUCUGCUCCAGAACCACAGGCCAGCCGUCAGCAGAAAGCAGCAGUGCGGGCACCUGGGCACUGAACGUGCUGUGGAAGAUGUGUGGUAUCGAUGUCCACAUGGACCCCAACAUCGGCAAGCGGCUCAAUGCCCUGGGCAACACGCUGACCUCGCUGACUGGCGAGGAGGACGUGGACGACAUCGCUGACCUCAACUCCAUCAACAUGGUGGACUCUGAUGAGGAUGAGACCGACACCAUGUCGCCCACCAUCCAUAUGGGGAGCCCAGAGGGAGAGUGCAGCAGCCCAAGGCUCAGUCCCAGGCUGACGUUCAGGAAGCGGCUAGUAAACAGCAUCCUGGGCCUGAAAAGCCCCAGUGUCCAGAGCGUCUCGGUACCAGCCGACUACCUAAGCGACUAUUCUCCUCCCCAGUCCAGAGGGAACAGGGCCAGGGCUCCCAGACCCAUAUCCUGGGGAUGUGAGACCAUAGACCUCAGGCGGCAGACGGCAGUGGGCAACCAGAUCUUGGAUCCCAGAAGGGGGAAGUUAAACAAAAGAAUAGUGGACAUCCGAGAGCUGAACGAGCAGGCCAAAGUCAUUGAUGACCUCAAGAAACUGGGAGCAAGUGAAGGCACAAUCAACCAGGAGAUCCAGCGCUACCAGCAGCUGGAGUCUGUGGCCGUCAACGACAUCAGGAGAGACGUGCGCAAGAAAUUACGACGCUCCAGCAUGAGGGCUGCGUCUCUGAAGGACAAGUGGGGUCUGGGAUACAAACCCAGCUAUAACCGUUCCAAGAGCAUCUCUACAGCAGCAGGGAGGCCUCCACUCAAAAGGAUUGAACGCCAAAGUUCCAGAAUAGGAGACGUUGAUGACUUACCGGACAUCAGAGUUGAUGCGUCCUCCCCAGGACCGAGAGUCACCUUCAACAUCCAGGACAUGAUUAAUAAUCAGGACUCUACAAACCGACCGGUCAGUCCAGGAGAAGUCUUCAAGUUUCCGGAGGAGACAGAAAUGGAUCUGUUGUCUAUCACCAUUGAUGAGCGACUCCAUCCUCAUCUUCAUCACCUUCAUGAUUUCCCAUCCAUUAGCGAAGGGCCCCACUCAGUGUUCAGUGCCCCUGCCACCCCUGCUGUCUUUUCACCUGGCAUUCCCUUCCAGCACGACGACAUGCGCCGCGACGAGCUCUCCUCCUCUUCCUCAGAGGAUUCCGACAAGGAGGAAGAGUUUGACCGCGAGAGGCCUUCCUGCUACUUCAGGAGGCCUGUCCAACCACCACACAGGAAGCCAUCUGGCUUCGCCGCCGUCAGCCAGCUGUUCAGCGAGCGCUGGCCCAGCACGCCCACCAACCGCAGCCUCAUGAGCUCGGUCACCGAGAGGAACAUCGACUUUGAGCUGGACGUGCGCGUGGAGAUUGACAGCGGCAAGUGUGUCCUGCACCCCACUACCCAGCAGCCGGAGAACGAGGAUGUCUCCUUCAGAAGGAGUUGUGACCGCAGCUCCAGGAGUCUGGACCAGGAAUCUCCACCCAAAAAGAAGAAGCUCCAGCCCACCUAUACCUCCACCACCCAGCUCCUGGCCGGGAAGAAGGUGCCCUCCUCUCUGCAGACCAAAUCCAGUGACCUGGAGACCACUGUCUUUUACAUUCCAGGAGUAGAUGUCAAGUUGCACUACAACUCCAAGACCAUAAAGACCGAGUCGCCUGAUGCCUCACGCGGAUCCUCCCUCCCCCGCACCCUCUCCAAAGAGUCCAAGCUGUAUGGUAUGAAUGAUAGCGGCCCUCACAACCCUCCCAAUGCUGGCCAAAGCAAGACUAACUCGCUCCUUCCUCCCCCAUCCCCACCUCUACCAUCAGCCAAAGGCAAGGGCAGUGGUGGGGUGAAGACAGCCAAGCUGUAUGCCUGGGUGGCCCUCCAGACCCUCCCAGAAGAGAUGGUCAUAAGCCCUUGUCUUCUGGACUUCCUGGAGAAAGCCUUGGAGACCAUUCCCAUCACACCGGUGGAAAGGAACUAUACUGAUUUGAACUCCCAGGAGGAGGACUUAGGCCAGUUUGAUCCAGUGGAGCCCCUGGAGGAGUCCACCACAUCCCUGGUGUCCUCAUCCACCUCUGCCUACUCCUCCUUUCCUGUGGACGUGGUGGUUUAUGUCAGAGUACAGCCCUCUCAGAUCCGCUUCAGCUGCUUGCCCAUGUCCAGAGUGGAGUGUAUGCUGAAACUGCCAUCUCUAGACCUGGUAUUCUCCUCUAAUCGCGGUGAACUGGAGAUCCCAUCCAGCACCCAACCUACCGACGGCCUAAAUACACCCUCCUCCACCCCCCUGAGCCAACACAUCCUCAAACCACCCCCUGGCAAAGGAGGUCCCUCUCCAUCUCUGGGUAGCCCUCUGGGCCGGACCCAUCACAGCAGCAGCCAGUCAGACCUCACCGCCCCCCCCAGCAACUCCUCAGGGCUCAGCUUCACUGCCUGCAUGUCAGACUUCUCCCUCUACGUGUUCCACCCUUACGGGGCAGGGAAACAGAAAUCUGCUGUCACAGGGCAGGCACCAGGCCCAGGACCUCUAGGUACAGUGGAUGAAGAGCCGUCCUCUGUGACUGGGAGGAAGGAUUCCCUCAGCAUCAACCUGGAGUUCGUCAAGGUCAGCCUGUCCAGAAUGAGACGCACCGGAGGACCAACCUUUAUCGAGAGUUUUAUACCUGGCAAGGGGGGCAAGAUGGACACCACCCUCAUCAAUAUCUCAGCUGUGUGUGACAUCGGCUCUGCCUCCUUCAAGUAUGACAUGCGGAGGCUGAGUGAAAUCCUGGCCUUCCCCAGAGCCUGGUACCGCCGCAGCAUCGCCCGACGCCUCUUCCUAGGAGACCAGACCAUCAACAUGCCAACAGCCUCGGGUCCAGCCACACCAGACUCUGUAGAGAACAUGGCCCAACACCUGUCACCAGAAUCCAGCCGUAAAGCCUACUGGAGGACCUGGGACGGUAGCACUGGGCAGCACAUUCCCCAGUCCCCCAACGUGUUCUCAGACCACUCCACUGGGAGCAACAUGUCCCCCGGGGGCCUGUCCUCCCACCUCAAAUCCCCGGCCCCUGGACGCACCAGGAGUGUCUCUGAUUCCUCUGCCCCCAGAAGAGAUUCUGUGACCAAGACGUCCACGCCAUCGUUCAAUAAGAGCGGCAAGGCAGCUGGCCCCCAGGGGACCCCGUGGGAGACACUAGUGGUGUUCGCCAUCAACCUGAAGCAGCUCAACGUUCAGAUGAACAUGAGCAAUGUCAUGGGCAACAACACUUGGACCACCAGUGGGCUGAAGAGUCAGGGUCGUCUGUCAGUGGGUAGUAACAGAGACAGAGAAAUCAGCAUGUCCGUGGGUCUGGGCCGCUCCAAACUGGACUCUAAAGGCGGCGUGGUGGGGGGCAAUAUAGAUGUCAACACCCUGGAGAUGGUCUCCCACAUCUCGGAGCACCCCAACCAGCAGCCCAGCCAUAACAUCCAGAUCACCAUGGGUUCCACGGAGGCCCGUGUGGACUACAUGGGCUCCAGCAUCCUCAUGGGCGUCUUCAGCAACGCAGACCUGAAGCUUAAGGAUGAGUGGAAGGUCAACCUGUGCACUGUGGAGACAAGCCUAUCAGAGAAAAGUAAGAUAUUUGUCCAAGGGGACUUGCAGUGGGAUAUCUUCCAGGUGAUCAUCUCGCGCUCCACUACCCCCGACCUCAUCAAGAUUGGGAUGAAGCUGCAGGAGUUUUUCACCCAGCAGUUUGACACAAGCAAACGAGCAUUGUCCACAUGGGGUCCAGUCCCCUACCUGCCCCCCAAGGCUCCGGUCAUCAACAUUGAGAAAGGUGCUGCAGAGCUGUACAUGGAUGCGGCCCACCAUCGACACUGGCCUGGAGUUCUGAAGGUGAUCGCCGGGUGCCACAUCUCCCUCUUCCAGAUGCCUCUUCCAGAAGACGCAGUGCAACUGGGUGGCUCCAUUAGUCUCCAUGGCAACCACAUGACCCUGGCCUGCUUCCAUGGGCCCAACUUCCGCUCCAAGUCCUGGGCCUUAUUCCACCUGGAAGAGCCCAACAUAGCUUUUUUGACUGAGGCUCAGAAGAUAUUGGAGGACGGCUCCACUGAUGAGUCCACCUACAUCGUGCAGACGUUGGCUUUUAAUCUGGGUCACAACACUAUGGAAACCAAACCCUGCGGGGCGCUAGAGAGCCCCAUGGCCACCAUCACCAAAAUCACCCGUCGCAGGCACGAAAACCCGCCUCACGGAGUAGCCACGGUCAAAGAGUGGUUCAACUACGUAACUGCCAUGAGGAAUGAGGAACUGAACCUCUUGCGCAACGUACAUGCCAACAACCCAGAGAGCGGGGCGGCUGCCAAGAGUUCAAGCCUGCUCAGCAGCUUCAGCGGCUCUUCCAGCUACAACCACGAGACGGAGACAAUCUUCGCCCUUCCCAGGAUGCAGCUGAAUUUCAGCUCCAAAAACUUUCAGGAUCCUGAGGAACCCUCCUUGACUGACUCCAACAGUAAGCCUAAGGUGGAGUGCAGCCUGGUGACUGAAUUCACCGACCACAUCUGUGUCACCAUGGACGCAGAGCUCAUCAUGUUCCUGCAUGACCUGGUCUCUGCCUACCUGAAGGAGAAAGAGAAGGCCCUUUUCAACCCCCGGAUGUUUGCCACUCGGCCUGGCCAGAAGAGCCCAACGGCCCUUAAUGAUGAGAACUCCACAGACAAGGAGGAUGGCAUCAACUACACUACGGUGGACUGGAGAGAAUUCAUGUGCAACACCUGGCAGCUGGAGCCCACACUCAGGCUCAUCUCCUGGACGGGACGGAAGAUCGAUCCUGUCGGCGUGGACUACAUUCUCCAGAAGCUAGGCUUCCACCACGCAAGGACUACAAUUCCCAAAUGGCUCCAGAGGGGAGUGAUGGACCCCCUGGACAAGGUCCUCUCUGUCCUCAUCAAAAAACUGGGCACGGCCCUGCAGGACGAGAAAGAGAAGAAGGAGAAGAUAGGACGAGACAAGGAAGAGCACUAACACCAACAUCCAUACCUUCUAACUCAACACUUUAAAAACUGGAGGUCAGACAGUAAAUCGUCAACAAACAAAACACUGGAUAACUGGAAAACACUGGAUAGUUCCUUGACUUGCUGUACAGUGGAUAGCGUCAUAGGCGCAUUUACCGCUAAGCUGUGUGAAUUUCAGCAUAGAUGUUUACUGUGGUGCAUGCCACUAUGGGUUUUGACAGAAAAAUGUGCACUGUUUUUAUGUAUAUUUUGAACAAAAUAGUAAGUCUUAUUAUUUGGCAGCUUAAAAUAAUAACCCUGAAAAACCCCAACAUGAAUUAUAUGAUAUACAUGCUUUAUAUGGUUGUUGUCAGAACAAACACGUUGAAGUCAUCAUUUAUGAUACUUCUUUUAUGGUUCAUUACAUUUUUUCUGAUGAGUGUGGGGGUUACUUCUAAAUCAUUGCCUUUUCUUUGUUUCCAAUGGUAAAGUUGGAAUGAGGAAUCUCAUUUUAAGUGUCAGUUUUUCUAAAUUCAUCCCAAUGACAACCGUUUUUGGAAAAAUUUCCUAUGAACUAAAAAGUAUUGGAUGGUUUAAAUCCACUUAUAUAAUGUAUUGUAAUGCUAAACUAUGGUUAAUUUUUUUUGUAUCUUAAUUUAAUGGGGAUCAGAAAUGUAUAGUCUAAAACACGUGAGCUGGGUGUGUCAAGCCUGUUUUUUUAAAUAUGUGCAAUAGAUCAGUGUAUAUAAAAUGACUGUGAAUUUCUUAAGUGUUGAUUUCUGAAUAUAAUAAAAUCAUUGCCAUCCAAUUUUA